ACUAAGAUUGAAUGGGGGAAAGAACUGGGCUCAGGCUGAAAGGGCAUUUGGCCUGUGAAGAAGAUUAUUAGAACCACAUUUAGGGUUCUGAAUAUGCUCCGGACAAUUAUCGUGGUUAGAUGAAGAUAAUAGCUAUUUGUGCACUUAAGGACAGUCCUGGAAAUGGCUGUGCAUUUCAUUUCAACAGAAAAGAGUAAGGUGGUCAGAAAUAAAGAAAUGAGGAUAAACACAACAGAAUCUCAGAAGGUUGAAAGAACAAUAAGUACAGCUGAGAACAAGGAGAGAAGCUGAAGUGGUAGUAGGACAGUGCCAAAUACUAUCCAAGAUUAACAUUGACCUGAGAGUUUGUUACAGGUUUACUUCAUGUAGUUUUGGAAUUUUUUUCACCCUUAGUGGCUAAUGCAAUUUUUACCACAUGAAAGAGUUAUGAGCGUCUGCAGUUCCUCACAACUCCUUUCCACGCUGCACAUCAGAGUUAAACAAGACCCUACUGCUUUUCUGACUGCACAGAAGAAUUUAUUAUGCCCUGUAGCUGCUCUCUAACUUUACAUUUUAAAGGCUGGCUUUACUAAUGCUGACUGCAUGCCCUCUAGCCUCGUAGAGAAGCAGCUUCUCCAAAGUCAAACAAUCACUAACCACACUUCCUGGAGCUGCACCUUAAACUGUGUCUCCUCUUAGCUUAACCCAGUUGGAAACCACAAUGACUCGCCCCCUACAUCAGUCGCUUCCCUACUUUCCCCAGGUCACAGGAGUUCUGGAGACAUUUGACCAUAGCUCUUCCUUGGCUAACCUCAUGUCAAUCUACCAGGCAGCCAACAGGACAGCCUUCAACUGGACAGACAGCCGGAUUGUUGAGUGGGAGAAGUUUGCUGAGCUGGCCAAGUAUGAACCAGAGUCCCAGAAGCCCACAGUGAAAGCUCUUCUAAUCGUAGCAUACUCAGUUAUCAUCAUCAUAUCCCUGUUUGGCAACAUGCUGGUCUGCCACGUGGUGAUUAAGAACAAGAGGACGCACUCAGCCACCAGUCUCUUCAUUGUCAACCUGGCAGUGUCCGAUAUCAUGAUCACUCUGCUCAACACUCCUUUCACUUUGGUUCGGUUUGUGAACAGCACGUGGGUCUUUGGAAAGGCCAUGUGUCAUAUCAGCCGCUUUGUGCAGUACUGCUCUCUUCAUGUCUCCACACUCACCCUGACAGCCAUAGCUCUGGACAGACAUCAGGUUAUUCUGAACCCACUAAAGCAAAGGAUGUCAUUAACAAGAGGAGUGCUGAGCAUUUCUGUUAUCUGGCUGAUGGCAACCUGUUUCUCCCUGCCCCACGCAAUCUAUCAGAAGCUUUUCCAGUACAACUACCGGGAAGCUACUGUCCGGAGUUUGUGUCUUCCUGAUUUUCCUGAGCCUGCAGAACUGGUGUGGAAAUACUUAGACCUUUCCACCUUCCUCCUCCUCUACCUCUUGCCCCUUCUGAUCAUCACCAUCACCUACACACACCUGGCCAAGAAGCUGUGGCUGCGCAGCGCCAUUGGGGACAUCACCACACAGCAGUACAUCACCCACUACAAGAACAAGAAGAAAAGCAUCAAGAUGCUGGUGUUGGUUGUGGUGGUCUUUGCUGUCUGCUGGUUCCCACUCAACUGUUAUGUAGUGCUCAUCUCUAGCCUUGGCAUCAAGACCAAAAACUCCCUCUAUUUCGCUCUGCACUGGUUUGCCAUGAGCAGCACUUGCUAUAACCCCUUCAUUUACUGCUGGCUGAAUGACAGCUUCCGCUCAGAAAUCAAGUCCUUACUCAGCAUGUGCCAGAAGGUCCCGCAAACACAGGACAAUGUGUUGCCCACUGUGAUCAUGGCUUAUCGAGAGGCCUGGAUCAAGCAAACCAGGUACAAGCAGAGGCCUUCCUCACAGAGCAUUCGCUCCAACACAAAUGUGCAGACAGUCAACACAGAUUUGUGAAUUGGAGAGUCAAGGAUGAAUGAAUUUUGCAACUCUGGUGGGAAGUGCCAUGUCAAGCAACACUCAAUGGAAGCACAGGACAGAUCAAAGAGCAGAAUUACAUUUUUGAUCAUGGGGUUUGGAGAGGACGGAAGAGAAUCUAAAAAGAUACACCCAUUAGGAGGAGAAAUAAAUGGAAUAAAAAGAGCAAGUGAUUCCCUUCAAAAGUUCUCCUCACUUUGUCCCCUAAUUUUUUGGACCUUUUCACAAAUCACAAUGAAACUAUUUAGAACUUUAUACAAAUGUUUGACAGGAAGCAGAUGUUUCUCCCUUUUAUUAUGACUUUCAACCUUCUCAUUUCCAGUAAGGGUCUUGUGCUUGUCUGAGUUAUUGAUCUGUCUAGAUGUAACUUUUUAUUUUUUCAAAAGCCAGCGGUGGAGAUUAAAGCAUCAGGAUCCUAUCUGUUCUGUGGAUUUACUGCAUCUCCUUGCUGUCAUGACUGUGCGAUGUUUCCUAGUUAACUCUUGGUCACUGGGGCAUAAUGGCAUGGAGCUUCUGGCACAGGAAGAACCCAGCUGAUGUUCAAAGUUCCUGGAAAUGUUCCCUCUUCAUUAGUCUGGGCUUUUUAGUUAAUAAAUAAAUAAAUAAAUAAAUAAACGGUGUUCCUCAUUGGUCAAAUUGUGCAAC